AUGCCAUUCUUUGGCUGGAUGAAAUGGCCAAAAAGUUAUUCUUACAAAAGUGGACAAUAUCCUGGCUCAGAAGUUGUCACAAAGACACUUCUGAGAGAACUAAAAUGGCAUUUGAAAGAACGUGAACGGCUGAUACAGGAGAUUGAAAGUGGACACAAAAUUCAAAAACCUGAAAGUGAUUACAAUGAAAUAAGGAGCUACCAAAAUCUUCAAAUAACUAUCCCAGCUACUGAACAACGACAAGUUGAAAUUCUUUGCUCUCAAAUCCAACCAUGUCAAACUGGAAUCAUACUCAGCAGAUUUCGAGAGGCCCUAGCAGAAAAUGAUGUUUUACCCUGGGAAAUUGUUUAUUUAUUCAAACAAGUUUUAAAAGAGUUCCUUACUAAUCUUGAAAAAGAAGCACAGCAAGAUCAACUGACUGAUGCUUGGAAUACAAAUUGUUCCAGCCAAUUUGGAGCAUCUAGCACCAACUCCAGGAAAAUGGACAAAGAAGAAAUCCCAACUAUAUCAAGCUAUGUUGAUAAAAAUACACAAGGCAUCCUUCCAACAUUCUCCCACAGAAUCUGGAAUCUUCCCUAUUACUACCCAUCGAGUUAA